GCAGUUCCAGCCGUCCUGAAUCCUCCACUUCACCAUGUCUUUUUCUAGCUGCUCAGAUGUUUCAAUCACGAAAUACUUUGACAAGGAUAAAAGGGAGGUCAAACCUGGAGACCUGAUCCAGAUCUUCCGUGGAAUAUUACGUCACUGGGCUGUUUAUGUUGGUGGUGGAAACAUUGUUCAUUUCGGAACAGCCGGGGGAGGAUCAGGCUCCAGCGGUGGUGGUGAUAAUGGUACAGGCGUUGUGUCGAAAGAGAAGUUGGAGGACGUGGUGAAGAAGGACAAGUGGAGAGUCAACAAUGUCCUGGAUCAUAAAUACAGACCUCGUCCAGCUAAUGAUAUCGUGAGAGAUGCCUGUUCACCGGUGGAUACAGAACUGCAGUAUAACCUGGUGACGUACAACUGUGAACACUUCGCCACUGAGAUGCGCUACGGCAAGCGUGAGAGUCAGCAGGUACGUGAAGCAGCAGCAGGAAUAGCAGCAGCAGGAAUAGCAGCAGCAGCAGCAGGAGCAGCCUUGCACAUUUAG